AUGUCAAAGAUCUCUCGUUCUCAAGCUGAGCAAAAGCAAACUCAGCUCGAUGCUUCAAGACAGUUUCCGCCAGUUGAAGAGGCCUGUCCCGCUCAUGCUCGAGGUCGCCGUGCAACGCAAGGGUUACGCGAUCAAAGAAGCUCUCGGGAACACACGGAUCCCCAUGAUCGUGUAGAGAGCGUCUUUCCUCCUCCUCCACCUCCAUUAGAGGACUCUCGCGGUGGCCAGCGCUAUCUGGUUAGAGCAGCUGUUGAACCACCGCGAUGUGAACGGACGUCGGACGAGUUAUCUCGUCCGGUGGCGCGGCUAUCCCCCAUCCUAGGAUACUUGGGAGCCCCGCUCCCAACUGAUGAUCGACGUACUGGGUCCGGUUGA